UUUAAAGUUUAGAAAAUGUCACUGCAGAAUGAAAUGAAUAAACUAUUUUCCUCCUUUAUUUUUUAGUUCGAUUUUAAUAUGGAUUUGUAUAUUUUUCCUGUCUUUCUAAUUUUCCUGGCAAAGCAAUUUAUUGCAAAUGCUGAAGGAAGUCCUCACCACAGUAGCAAAACCAACGUGAUAAUUUUUAUAGUUGAUGACUUAGGUUACGGGGAUCUUGGUGCUUUUGGCAAUGACACUAUUAAAACACCAAACAUAGACAAGAUAGCUGCCGAAGGUGCCACAUUGGUGCACCAUCUGGCAGCUGACAGUCUGUGCACACCUAGUAGGGCAGCUCUUCUAACUGGAAGAUAUCCCAUCAGAUCUGGCAUGGCAUGUCACAAUGAUGCAUUCCCUGUGAUCAUCUUUAGUUCAAGCUCCGGAGGACUUACUCAAAAUGAAACUACCAUUGCCAGAUUAGCAAAACAUUAUAACUACUCUACUGGAUUUUUUGGAAAAUGGCAUCUGGGAUUGAGUUGCAACGAUGCCCACGACUUCUGUCACCAUCCCAUGAAACAUGGAUUUGACACGUUUUAUGGAUUUCCUAUGACUAACAUGGCUGACUAUGGCCCUGAAGGUGGUGGAUUGUGGGGUUACUCAGCCAUAUCCGGUAGACGGAGUUUUACUUUGAAAUUAUUCUUCAGAACCUUUCUAACAUCAGUAAUCAUCAGCUACUUCCUGCUCAAGAGAAGGUUGAUUAAAAGAAGAACAAUAAUAGUAUUAAAUCUGAUGUUGCAUGUACCGUUUUUGUAUAUGAUUUGGCACAUUUGCAACAUGAAACUCAUCAACAGCAUGGUAAUGAAAGAUUACACCGUCAUUGAACAACCAGUAAGAUUUGGUAGUCUAACUAAACGUCUGGUGGAUCAAAGUGUCAGUUUUAUUGAACAGAAAGUUCAGAAUAAUGAACCAUUUUUCACUGUGAUUAGUUGGUUUCAAGUUCACACUUAUUUGAACACUUCAAAUAACUUCCAAAAUCAUUCUGCUUUCGGGCAGUACGGCGACAACGUGGAGGAAAUGGAUUGGGGAGUUGGUGCUGUCAUGGAAGCGCUUGAGAGGUUGAAAAUCAGUGAAAAUACCUUCGUAUAUUUGACCUCUGACAAUGGAGGGUUGACCUCGGAAACUGGUCCAGGAGGUGGCUGUCAUGGGGGAUACAAUGGCAUUCUCAGAGGAUGUAAAGGCCAGUCAGUGAUGGACGGCGGUAUCAGAGUACCAGCUGUGGCCAGAUGGAAAAACAAAAUUCAACCAAACACGAUCAUCAGCACACCCACAAGCUUGAUGGAUAUUUUGCCUACUAUAACUGAGUCAAUAUUCAAAAGAGAAGCUCGAGAAAUUGAGCUGAAACAGAAAACCAAUGAUAUCUACAGUGAGUUGAUUCUAGAUGGAAAAAAUAUUGAGCCACUCUUAACAGGAUCUUCAGUGCAUUCUCCACAUAAAUUUUUAUUUCAUUACUGCUGUCAAGAGAUCCAAGCAGUCAGAUACAUUCCAGAUGGCAAUUGUUAGACUAUUUCUAGUUUCUUCAAAAUAAAUCAUUUUUUAUCUGUCAACAAUAAUC